GCACACGCCGUGCCGAUGGCGCCGAACGCUCAUCACCGUCAAUGGCCCACGACCACCGUCGCAGCUAUGCUACUGUUGUUGCCUAUACUGGUGUUGUUGGUCGAACAAGUAGCAUCAGCUGUUCCCGGCGCUAACAAAUACACCAACCAGUUUGCCGUCCGGGUGGCCGGCGACGUUGGACAGGCCGACAGGCUGGCCAAGAAACACGGAUUCGUCAAUCGAGGACAGAUUGGUAGUCUCGAUCAAUUUUUCCUUUUUGAACAUGCACAUGUUCAUAAGCGAUCAAUAAAUGCAGAUGAAAAGUAUCACUCAAAGCUAAAAUCGGAUCCCCAGAUCAUAUGGUUCGAGCAACAGUAUGAAUUAAAACGGUUUAAACGUGAUUUCGCGCCGAACCCGAAAACGUCUAUUGUUAACACGACGAGAAAAUCAAGUUUACGGUUUCCUGACCCGUUGUUUGCUGAUCAAUGGUACUUGAACGGAGGCGCCAAAGGGGGAUUCGAUAUGAAUAUAGCGCCGGCAUGGCAGAAAGGAUAUACGGGAAAAGGUGUGGUCGUGUCCAUACUAGACGACGGAAUACAAACAAACCACCCCGAUUUGGCGUACAACUAUGACAAAUCAGCCAGCUGGGACAUUAACGAUGACGACGACGAUCCUAGUCCUCGGGAUGAUGGAGACAACAAGCACGGGACUAGAUGUGCUGGUGAAGUUGCCGCCGUGGCGUUUAACCAAUUUUGUGGUGUGGGAAUCGCAUAUAACGCUAAAAUUGGAGGUGUACGGAUGCUGGACGGACUCGUUAACGAUGCGGUGGAGGCGAAAGCGUUAAGCCUGAACACCGACUACAUAGACAUAUACAGUGCUUCUUGGGGACCGGAGGACGACGGGGAGACGGUAGACGGGCCAGGACCUUUGGCCAAAAGAGCUUUUGUUAAUGGAGUGACAUCGGGUAGACAAGGGAAAGGUUCAAUAUUUGUUUGGGCGUCUGGAAAUGGAGGACAUCAUACUGACUCAUGUAAUUGCGAUGGAUACACAAAUAGUAUAUACACUUUGUCUAUUUCAAGUGUAACUCAAACCGGCAACAAACCUUGGUAUUUAGAGGAAUGCUCAUCGACUUUAGCUGCUACAUAUAGUUCUGGAACGCCGGGAAGUGAUCACGGUGUCACAACUGUCGACAUGGACACUAAACUUCAACCAGAAACAAUUUGCACAUCAGAGCAUAGUGGUACAUCGGCGUCAGCUCCCAUUGCCGCAGGUCUUUGUGCUCUAGCAUUAGAGGCUAACUCGAAUCUUACAUGGAGGGAUAUGCAAUACUUAGUAGUGAUGUCAUCGAAAACCAAACCUUUAUUAAACGAAACCGGUUGGACAACGAACGGAGUAAACCGCAAAGUAAGCCAUAAAUUUGGUUACGGGCUAAUGGAUGGUGGUGCUCUUGUAACUAUGGCAGAACAAUGGACCAAUGUCCCUCCACAGAAAGUUUGCAGGACCAAAGAAGACAACAAACAAAGGUGGAUUGAUCCGAAUCCAGGUAGUGUAUUGUCAGUCUCGAUGGACGUGGACGGGUGUCAUGGAAACUCGGAGAACACGGUCAAUUAUGUAGAACACGUGCAAUGUCUUAUUUCGUUGAAAUUCUUCCCGAGAGGCGAUCUGAGAAUCGUGCUUACAUCACCGAUGGGCACCGAGUCGGUGUUGUUGUUCGAGAGAUCGUUGGAUGUGACUAGCAGUACAUUCGACGAUUGGCCGUUCUUAAGUGUUCAUUAUUGGGGCGAGAAAAUCGUCGGACAAUGGCAGUUGAAAAUAACAAGAAGAAUGGCUAACUCAACGGCCAAGUCUCCGGGCAUACUGAAAAAGUGGCAACUCAUUUUUUAUGGAACAUCCGAACCGCCUGUUAGACUGACGACCAAAAAGAAAUAUGUCGGACACAGCGAAAUAAAACAAAAAUCAAAACUCAAUGAAAAAGAGGUCUUAAGUAAAAUGAAAACUCAACAUAAAUUCUCGGCGAGUACAAAACCAACUAAAAGUUUUAGUGAUGCCAGUGCGUUUCAAAACGAAACAACCAAUACAACGAACCCACCGAAUACACCUAUUAGACAUCUAUGCACGAACAUCUCAGAAAUUUGUGGAAAAUGCACUUCCACCAACAACACAAUCUGUUCCGGACUAAAUCAAACGCAUUUAUCACAAUGUAACUACACAAUAUGCAAUUCGAUAAAUGAAAAACGCAAAGCCGACGACACGGACACAGUUUUCUACAGCUCUUUGAUAUCCGACAAGAAUCACGUGACCAGACCUGGAAUCAGGCUCGAGAUCGUUUUUUUCAUGCUGUUACUGAUCUGGCACCAUUACCAUAAUAAGACCAGAUUGGGCUUUGAUUGCGGACGACCGGAUGGCGAUAACACAGCAGAAACUGCAGCACCGAUAGUGGAGACUGAGAUUGAAAAAUAUACUCAACCGAACUGCACGGAAGGCUGCCACGUCGCUUUGAAGUACAUUGAAAACAAAUUGAAAAUGAUGCAGUGUGCCAAUUUUCAACCAUCACCAAUAAAAUAUAAUAGCUACAUAAAUAAAAAAACCAAAAGCUAUGAAAUUCAUCAGGAAGGAAUUAAGAAAACUUUAAAAGAUAUCAUCAACGAAAUUGAAGAAAAAGGAGACCUAUGUUAUGUCCCCUCUGCAGUCCAAACAGAAGAUGAUCAUUAUCCAAAAUUUUCCGAACACUGUGACCACACAUCAGAGGAAACUUCUUGGGAAAAUCGAAAGUUCAUAUGUCUUUGGAAUGAUCUAACAAUUGGAGAACAACCUCAAAAUAUAAAAAUAUCCAAUGCCAUGCCAAAAACCAACGAAUCGAAUGGCAUAAAAAUAAAUUCCAACGACGGACUGAGUCACAAACAAGUUGAUUUAGACAAAAUAUUUAAACCAGCAAACGAUUCUGGUGAAGUUACUCCAUCAAAGAACAGAAAAAUGUACGCCAGCAGCAGCUUUUACGGUCCAGACCAUCCCACGGUAGAACAGCAAUUUGAAUUAGCCCGCCGGAUUUCCAGCUCAUUAAGUGACAUCAGCAACCAACAAAGUAAAGGGCAAUCCAUGUAUGUGAACAGAAAAAAACGAUCAGUGAAAUGGGUUCACGAAGGUGAAGGAAGAGGUCCUCUUCCAUCAAAUUUCCCUCUUGGUAUGAAUGGACGAGAUUAUGACACGUCUGAACAGAGCGAUUCAAAACAAAUACUGAAACUUGUUAUGGAUCCUCGAGGUCAAGUGCAAGAUAUACAAACGUUGCGCAAACUUGGUGAAAAUAUCGAACCUUGUUUAAGUCCUGAAGUAUGUUUCGAUUUAGUCAGAGAUUUAAACGCCACCAAAGGAAAAGGCGCUGCUCUUUUUGCUAAAAGACGCAAGAGAUCCGAAAACUGGGUAGUAGAUGAAACCAACGUAAAAUCGGCUUCGCCUUGUUUGUCUGAGUCGGCCAAUAUAAAAUCAAAUAAUCAAAUUUGCAACAACCAGAACGGUACUAUUAGACAAGACAACAUAAAAAAAAUGAAUGAAAUACAAGAAAGGUUCACACAGCCUCGUUUACGAUUAAUAAAAUCUCCUUGGGAAGCCGCCUUGGAAACGGGAUCUGUCGAUUCGGCCUUUCAAGAAGUACCUCCAGUGUUCCAUCCCAGGGGAUACGUCGUUGCUCCAACAUCUGGGGCAAUUGAAGCGUUAAAAGACGGUGGUAGAACUUCGAGAACUACCGUUUGUUCUACCCCCACAAGAACUGUAACGCCGAGAAGUUAUCAGGACGUAUACUCGCCAAAAAUUCCCCGAGGAUGGAACACGCAGUGCAAUCGACAACAACCAGCGACAUACGGAUCAGUUAAAUUGGAUCAAAUAUUUCGUGGGUCGGCUAACUCACCCGUUAGUCUAUUAAAUAAAUCGUCUAUAUGUUCUACUGGUCUGACUCCUAAGGUAUCAGAGAAUCUAUCGAGCACAACAUUCACUAUAGACAAAGAUAACUCUCUGACAUUGACACCGGUGCCGAAGCCCCCUCAGGCGAUCAACUCUGGCUAUUGUAGCGAACCAAAAUUUCACAAAGUCGAAUUCACGCCUAGAUCGACUCCGGGACCAGAGUACGGAGCAGAAUAUGAGACAGUAAAAAAAGUAGAUAACAGUAACAGUUGUCCGACUGCAGUAGUGGAACAACCUAGGCAGGAUAUCAAGUUGGAAAAACCCCAUGUAGAGUUGCAAAUCAAGGACACCAUUAUCAAGCCGAAAGGCAACUACGACGUUUUCGUGCCCAAAGUGCAUAAAACGUACAUGGACUGUGUGCCGAACGUGAACGCUUACACCGAGUCAAAUCGGCCGGAAAGCAGGUGCUCGUUGAAAUCGCCUAGUUGUUUCAAACCGAGUACAGGAGAGAAAAAAGCCAAAACUGUAAUUCAUGAACGAUCGCUACCCGUCAAAACGUUAAUCGACACAUUCGAACACAACAACAGGCCUAUAAUGCGGUACUUGCAGCCAGAGGAGCGUAUACCGUUGAGCGAGGAGAUCAAGCAUCUACACGACGAACGUCCACCGUCGUCGUCGUUUGGUCAAGUCUACGCAGAAGAUAAAUACUACCAAGAACCCGUGUCGGAUCAAGCAAACGGCUAUUACGUUGCCGACACGGCGGUAAACACUAGGACUUACAUUUGCGGCGUGGACGAGCAGCCGGACGGUAAAUGCUACGAGUACGUUGAAAGUCAACAGCUAGUCGACGAAUCAUCCGCGUGUGAAGAGAAGUCUGAGUAUGCGGACAAGUCCGAGUACGCUGAUAGAUCCGAGUAUACGGAUAGAUCGGAAUACGGUGAAAGUGUAUCGUUGUCGUUUGACGUGCGCAGUGACUUGAGGUUUCAAACCAUCCGACAGUUGGCUUCACCAGACAGUCUCGAGUCCAGCAUGUUGUUCGCUCACAAACAAAACUCAAUCGAAAACCGUAAACUCGAUUAUGUCAACAAAUAUGCAGCGCCGCCAGCGUUACCCGCCGAAUCCGCCUAUCAAGUGUCGCAAACUCAAUCAGAACAUUACCAGCAUCCCAAUAACGGCUAUCAACAGCAACAGGUAUCCCAACAACGUUUACCUUCGUACAAGGACUACUUGUCCCUGAGCAACUACAACACAGCUCCUAGGGGAUGGAAAGCGGGUGGCACUAAAUACUAUAGGCCGGUGACGUUCACAGAGUGUCGACGUCAACAGCGAUCAUCUCCUCAAGAUAACCGCCGGCAGAGCUUUACCGAUUUUUAAUAGCGCUUACUUUGUUCGUCGCAUAAUUCAGAAAAUUGGUUUCCAAACCGAAGGUUUUAUUUAUUUUUGGCGUGAGAUCGCAAGAACCGGCGUGCGUUUUAUUAUUGACUUGUUUUUACCACACAAUGUUUUUGAUAAUAUUCAAUAUUACUCUUAUUAUUGUAUACAUGAUAAUUAUUGUAUGUAAUUAUUAUUUACUGACGCAUCGAGUCCGAGUUCCCGAUUGUUUUUGUAAAACGUGGAUUAAUAUAAUACAAUAAUAUAAUUUAAAAAAACGUAUUUUUUCCUAUAAGUAACAAUACCGUUUAAAAUAAAACGAAAAACGCUUACGUAUACCUUAACAUGUUUGGCUAUAAAAAAAACUGUAUUUUUUAUGAUUGUUUUAAAAACAUGUUUAAGAAUCAAUUUAAAAAAAAAUGUACAUAACA